AUGUAUUCCACAGAAAAAGACUCGGAUGCUCCUCCACCAUACUCGGAACAAACGUAUUCCUCCUCUUCCCGCAGUCACACAAUCCUCAACCAACUAAGCAGCAUCCGCACCCGCCAAAUCCACUCGGUCCUCAACGCACACAUCAUUCCCCUCAUCGAAGAACGCGCCACCUACGGUAUCGCACAAACAACCAUCGCCCUUCUUCCCUCAGACAUCCCUCUACCUGAAGUCCCUGAAAAAUCAGAGUUCAGCUUCGACGACACCUCCAGCGAUUCCGCACCCGUACAAGUCAUCGGCUUCGCCUCUGAAGAUGAGCCACGUGUCGUGCGCCUGGACGGCCACAUGAACCGAACGGAGUUCUGGCGACUUCCGGCUGUAAUUGAGGAGUUGGAGCAGGUACUGAGUCAGAGUUUGAAUGCGAGUCCGGUUUUGACGGGUGCGGCGCCAGUGCAAGAGAGAGCAGAGGAGAUUACACCGACAAGACAGUCGUCGAGGAGGACGUUACUAAGCAGGGUUAUGCCUAGUUUGGGACCAGAGUUGCGUUCUCCAAGUGGGAAUCCAGAAGUUGGUGUUAGGCGACAGAAUUGUGCGGGUACGGUUGUGGUCAGGGCUCGACUUGAGGAGAUUUGCCUGAGGACUGUGAGCGAGUUUGGCUUGUAUGAUACCAUGUCAAAGCAGUGUGUCAUUGUUAGGGUCGAUGCGCGGUGCUGA